UUGAUUCAUUCAAGUUUUGACGGCUGCCGAUGUGUGCCGUGUGUCGUCGUUGUGGUCUCGCGUAAAAAAAGUGCUGGCUCUUGCAAAUGUGCGCCGCGCGAUUCUGUUGUGUUGUGUAAUUUAAUGUAAAAUUUUCUGUUUCGCGAGCUGAAAUUGUGAAUACCGAACUGGAAUCUAUGUGCAGUGAACCGUGAUUUGUGUGAAAAUUGUAAAAAUCUUGUGUAAAACGUGUGUAGAAAGCACAAGAAAAAAAUCGAACUCAUCGCGUCCGACAUCUUGAAAGAAGCUUCCGCGCCGCUUUCGCCAUUCUGGAAAAUUUUGGGUGGUGUACCGCAGGUAAAAAGCAUCCUUCCCAGCUGAAACCGGAAACCGGUUUGCGUCCUUCGGCGCUGCUGCAUUUUUAAUUGCGUCUCGAGGAAGACACGUGCGUGCGUGCGGAGAGAAACGAUGGCUCCGAAGAAAUUCAACAAACGGAACCACCAGCCGAAGGGCCCCUACUACUUCUUCAUGAUGGAGUUCAAGAAGAAGCAGGAAGCUGCCGGACACAUCUUCCGCGGCGGGGUGCACGAGGUGCAGCUGCGGGCGUCGCCCCACUGGAAUUCGAUGACCAACGAGCAGAAGGAACCCUACCAGAAGAUGGCCCAGGAACACCGGGACUGGCUGCGUCAGAACGGUGAAAAGUACACCUCCCAGGGCAUUCCGCUGACGAUGGUGGAAGCCGAGCAGAAGGCCAAACAAGCGAAGGGAGACCUGAUCAAGAACACGAUCAGCGACAUGCUGGACAAGGCCGUGGCCAAUAACGAACUGGAAAAACUGGAGUUCUACUUCAUCUCGUUUGCCUACUUCUGCGUGACAUCCGGAGGCACCUACAUCCCGGCCGAAAUGGGCCUGGUGCGGUACAGCCUGAAGGACGGCGUCAUGGACAAACUGCACAUGUUCAUCGAUCCGGGAAAGCUUCCCCUGGGCAUGGCAUACGAUGCCAAGCAACACUCGGAGAGUGACCACCAACUUCCGAUCCCCCCGGACGCCAAGGGCGAAAAGGACAACGAUGAAAUCAUCCUGAAGUUGUUCAGCUUCUUGUCUCAGCAGGAAAAGAUGCCUCCGUUGUUCACCGAGACCAACGACAUCCGGAUGGUGGAGAACAUUCUGAAAGGGAUCCUGAACCAGGGAUCGAUGGACGAAAACACGCUGCUGGUAUGUCCUCUGUCGGAGUUGUUCUACCAGCUGAAACGAGCUACCGAAAGUUUCGGAAUGGACAUCAAGACGUUCCCUUCGGUACACAUUGCCCAGGCCAUCAUCCAGAAGGACGUCUACGAGUACACCAAGGACAUCUCGUGCGAGUUCCACGAGGAUCAAGGCAACGGCAAGUAUUGCCCCCUGUCCCGGUGUGUCCGCUGGGCUUACAUCAUAUCGGACAGUUGCUGUCUGGAUUUGAGUAUCGAGAUGAAACCGGGUCGCCAUCUGCCGAUGAACGCGGACACUGCCCUAUACUCAGUCUACUCCGCAUGGACGGGGUAUAGUCCCAUAUCGCACAGACCUAUGAGCAUGAGAGUGAAUCACAAGGGAGGGUCACCGGUAGCAAACGCGUCAGUCAGCGAGUACAAAUUAGCGAAGCUGUAG